UUUUAAGUAAGAAAGGUGUCCUCUUUAUUCAUCUCACCAACAAAAGGUUAAUACUUUCUGAGGGGAAACAAUCAUUUUUGUCCCCAAAGAAUUAGUAAUUUGAUAAACGAACUGAUGAAGAAGCAGUAUCUGAAAUCUGGGUCUGGGUCUCGGACAAGGAAGGAAAAGGACAAGACGAAGAGGUGGUUCUUGGAUAACGGAAGCAUCUUCUUAACAGAACUUGUCGCUGAUUGUAACGGUAAAUCCAUUCCUAUUCGCAGUUUUUCUCCUGAGCAGAUAUUGAAAGCUACCAACAAUUUCGAUUCUAGUUGUUUUGUCUCGCAAGAUGUAUACUAUAAGUGGUAUAGAGGUCAAAUCGAAGAUAGAUCUUACAUGAUCAAGAGAUUCUCCGAGGAUGAAAUUACAGGAAAACGACAUAGAGUUAAAGAGGUUUACAACGACAUUGUCUUGUCUGCUCGGAUGAGCAAUCACAGCAACUUUCUUCAACUAUUAGGAUGUUGUCUCGAGUUUCCUUUUCCGGUUCUUGUGUUUGAAUUCGCAGAAUAUGGAGCUUUGAAUCAGCGUGGAGGUAUUAUGGUUAAUGGUGAAGAAUAUUUGUUGCCGUGGAGUGUACGGUUGAAGAUUGGGAAAGAGAUUGCAAAUGCUGUGAGUUAUCUUCACAUGGCAUUCCCAAAGAUCAUCAUACAUAGAGAUGUAAAACCAAUGCACGUUUUCUUGGACAAGAACUGGACCGCAAAGUUGUCUGAUUUAUCCUUCUCAAUAUCUCUCCCUGAAGGAAAAUCAAGAAUAGAAGCUGAAUGGGUUCUUGGAACAUUUGGGUACCUCGAUCCAUUAUAUCAUAAGACGAGUUUUGUGACUGAAUAUACCGAUGUCUACAGCUUUGGAAUCUGUUUUCUGGUUAUUCUUACUGGUAAACCGGCUAUCAUCACUAUUUCUGAUGGAGAUCUCCAAGGUAUUCUUAGCUAUGUGAGAGGGUUAUGUGAGAAUGGGAAACUCGAUGAAGUAAUAGAUCCAAUGUUGAUGAAAGAUAUUACAAGUGGUCAAAGGUUGCAAGUGGAAGCGUGUGUGGUGCUUGCUUUGAGAUGCUGUGAGGAGAGAGAUGAAUACAGACCAAAGGUGAUCCAAGUAGCUAAAGAACUCAAGCGGAUUGAAGCAUCACUGAGAAAUUCUAGCUAGAGAUCCUCAAGGAAGUUGUUGAGAUAAAACUUGAGAUAGCUUUGCAGCGUAGGCAUCACAAGACAUGACUGAAGAUGGGAGCAUCUUUGGUGUUCAAAAGAAGAGUUAUCGGUUGUUUGGACUAUGUAUAUCUAAGUAAAAUCCUUGGAUUGUGAA